CAUUUACAUCUUCGAUCAAUAGUUAUGGAAAAACUAUCUGCCGGCCGUGUUGCAGAAUGUUUAUUAAUGGUGGUGGUCUUCCUGUCAGCCUCCGCUAUUGCCCAGACGACGACCAUUGCUCGUCCAGGUUGCCCCACCCACUGCGGAAACUUGACGGUUCCAUACCCAUUCGGAAUAGGAAGUGGAUGUGCAUUUGACUCCAAAUUCGAGAUACUCUGCGACACCCGUUCCAAUCCACCCAACACAGUCCUCACUACCGGAGUGGAACAACCUAUCUUAGUCUAUGACAUAUCAGAUAGGCAUAUAUGGGUUCCCUACCCCAGAAGUUUAACCGUUUGCUACGACUCCAAAGGAGCAUGGCGUCCUAUGCCAUUCCCUUUCAACUUUACUUCUCAUACCAUGUUGCUCCAAAGAUAUAAUCACUACAGCUACUCCCGUGAAAACAAGUUCACCACUGUAGGCUGCGACGAUACUCUGAUCAUAUCCCACGGAACCAAUUACGUUUCCAGAUGCACUUCGCGCUGUUCUAAUGCCUCUCAAGUGGUGCCGGUUAAUGGGACCUGUUCCGGUAUCGGCUGCUGCCAAUUACCCUUACCAAAAGAUUUGAGCAAGAUGUACAACAUUAGCAUGGUCAGUGGCAUGAACCACACCAAGGUCUGGUCCUUCAAUCCCUGCGCCCACACCUUUUUUGGAGAGAUGAGUCGGUUCAGAUUGCUGGGCGCAUCUGAUUUGAGCAAUCCUAAUUUUCCACGGAGGGUUUUUGAGACUGCUCCGGUGGUUCUAGACUGGGCAAUUGGAGACUUGAAUUGCAAAGAAGCGCAGCGCAUUACUGAAUAUGCAUGCAAAGCAAAUAGCCAUUGCGUAGAUUCGGACACGGGAUUUGGAGGUUACCGUUGCCGCUGCGAUAAUGGCUAUGAAGGAAAUCCAUAUCUUAGUCCAGGCUGCACAGAUAUUGAUGAGUGCAAAAAUCCAGAGACGAUGAAGUCAUGUGAACAACGAUGCAUUAACUUGCCAGGCGGAUUCAACUGUAGUUGUCUUGAAGGGUACUUCGGAGACGGUAGAAAAGGUGGUCAAGGUUGCAUUCUCAUCAAUAAAAAGUCAGCUUCUUCAUGGUUUAAACUCUUUCUAGGGAUAGGAUUGGGAAGUUUGGUCUUUGUUGCUCUAGCUACUUCACUAUGCUAUAUCAUCAAGAAAACAAAUGAUUCUAAAAUGAGGCUCAAGUUCUUUGAACAAAAUGGUGGCUUUUUACUAGAGCAAAAGAUCGCCGAUGGAGGCAGUGAUGGUACAGACGUAACCAAAAUCUUUACAGCAAAAGAGCUCAGGCAAGCAACCAAUAACUUUGCUCAAGACAUGAUUCUGGGCCAAGGUGGAACUGGCAUUGUAUUUAAAGGAAUUUUAUUACCUAAUAAACUCCAAGUUGCUGUUAAAAGAUCAAAAACAGUGGAUGACACCCAAAUUGAGCAGUUCAUUAAUGAGGUGGCUAUUCUUUCUCGAAUCAAUCAUCGCCAUGUUGUCAAAUUCUUGGGAUGUUGCUUGGAAGCUGAAGUUCCUUUGCUAGUAUAUGAAUAUGUCUCUAAUGGAACUCUAUAUUACCAUAUCCACCGCGAAGCUGGUGGAUCGGAUUGGUUGUCAUGGGAAAAUCGUCUGAGAAUCGCAAUUGAAGCUGCCCCCUUUUACUUGGCCGCGGGUGCACUUGCUUAUCUAUACUCAUCUGCAUCCACACCUAUAAUCCACAGGGACGUUAAGUCCACCAACAUAUUAAUUGACGAAAAUUAUACUGCAAAGAUCUUGGAUUUUGGGGCUUCUAGGUUAGUCCCUUUGGAUCGUACACAUGUGGCAACACUAGUCCAAGGAACACUUGGCUAUUUGGAUCCAGAAUACUUCCAAACAAGCCGAUUGACAGAAAAAAGUGAUGUAUACAGUUUUGGAGUAGUCUUAGCCGAACUUCUAACAGAAAGGAAACCUGUGUCUCCAAAUUUGAGUGAGGAAGAGGAUCGAAACUUAUCUGCAAUUUUUGUUCAAUCCGUGAAUGAGAAUAGGUUGUUUCAAAUUCUUGUGCCUAGGCUAGUAAAGGAGGGGACAUUGGACCAACUUCAAAGAAUUGCAGAGCUUGUGAAAAGAUGCCUUCAACUUAGAGGAGAAGAUAGGCCUAAAAUGAAUGAAGUAGCGAGUGAACUUGAACGUAUAAGACACUCUGUUGAACAUUCUUGGGCAGAGCCUUGUUUUAUACUUGAAGAGGAUGAAGCGUCAGAUCUUUAUCCAGUGACAAUAAGCCCAUAGUACUUAAGUCACACUUGUUUGAG